CUAAAAUUUAAUUUCUUCACGUUUUGAAAAUCUACAAAUUCCUUGUGUCCCCUACAUACUAUAGCAUAAUCUCAUACCUCACAAAGUGUUAUAAAUAGCUCUUUACUUCUCUUUCUUUGCUUCAACCAAACUCAUACACACACACACACACUUGAGAAAAUAAGUUGGCUUUUUUUCUCCUUUCUGGGUCUUUCUCAUUUUCUCUCAUUACUUUCUUUUCUCACUUCCCAAACAUUGUUAUGAUGAAUACUUUAUUGCCCAGAUGCUUUACUUUCUUCUUAUUUCUUCUGUUGAUCAACUCCUUCGUUAAUGGAACAGAAGCCCGGAUCUUGAAUGGGAAGAAGGACUGGAAAAGUGAUAUUGUUCGUAGAGGGAUUGUGGGAUUCUUUGAUGGGCUUUCUCUUGGGUCCAUUAAGCAAUCUGGGCCGAGCCCAGGUGAUGGUAACAGGUUCGUAGAUGGCCGGACCCUUGGAGGUAUCAAAGACUCUGGUCCGAGUCCUGGUGAGGGACAUAAAUCUAGUAAUGCCAAGACACUUGGAGGCAUCAAGGCCGGCCCAAGCCCUGGCGAGGGACAUAAAUUUGCUAAUGCCAAGACACUUGGAGGUAUCAAGGACGGUCCAAGCCCUGGCGAGGGACAUAAGUUUACCAACACCAAAACUCUAGGAGGAAUCAAAAACUCGGGACCGAGCUCUGGUGGUGCUGGACAUAAAUUUACCAAUGCCAAGACUCUUGGAGGAAUCAAAAACUCGGGACCGAGCUCUGGCGGUGGGGGACAUAAAUUUACUAAUGCCAAGACCCUUGGAGGUAUCAAGGACGGUCCAAGCCCUGGUGAGGGACAUAAGUUUACCAACACCAAAACUCUAGGAGGAAUCAAAAACUCGGGACCGAGCUCUGGUGGUGGGGGACAUAAAUUUACUAAUGCCAAGACUCUUGGAGGAAUCAAAAACUCAGGACCGAGCUCUGGCGGUGGGGGACAUAAAUUUACCAACGCCAAGACUCUUGGAGGAAUCAAAAACUCGGGACCGAGCCCCGGUGAUGGACACAAGUUUACGAAUGUUGAUAUCCUUGGAGGAAUCAAAGAUUCGGGACCAAGCCCUGGUGAUGGACACAGCUCAGUUACAGGCACUCACCCUUGAUUGAUGGUCAUGGUCACUUUUCUUUAAUUUAUUGGAUUAGUUAAACACCAUAUUUUGAUGACAUAUUAUCGUUAAAUUUAUUUUUUAAUUGGUAUAGUAGUGUGUUCGAUUAAUAUUAUAUGAUUCUUUUGUAAUCUUUAUUAGUGAUGGAGGGGUCAAUUACCCAAUUUGUUACACAAUUUAUAUUUUCUCAAGUCAAACUUUACGUUUGUCAUGUAACGAUUUGCUCUCUAUAGAAAGUAAUAAUAAAUAACAAAGAGACAUAACAUUAUAUAUAUA